UUAUUACAAAAUUUUUGUGCAAACAGUAUUAAAAUAUUAUAAAAUGUUUCAUGGAUAUUGUUUUAUAUUUUAAUAGUUAACUAUUUAAACUAUUUAACUUAAAAUAUUUUAUAUGUAUGUGUAUGCAUGUGUAUUAUAUGAAAAUAUUAACAAAUAUGUAAAAUUAAAACAUUAAGCAGGAAAAACGUAUUUCUAUUAUUGAUUAAUCUUUAUUUCUAAUAUUAGAGUUAUAUAUGAUAGAAAAUUUAUUACAAAAAAAAAAUAUAUAUGUUAAACAAUAUUGCCAUUUUAAUGUAUAAAAUUAGAAAAAAAAAAUAAAUUCUAAUUCUUUUAUAUAUUUUUUUAAUCUAAAAUGAUAAAACAAUAAAAUCGAAGAUAUACGAGUCGAAGAAUUCAUUUAAAUUGAAAAGAGCGCGUUUUUAUUUUCCAAUGAAAUCUAUUAUAGAUUGUUGACGAUUCUAUUGGACAGCAUUAGCGCGCUAUUCCACAAAGGAAAACAAAAUUUCAAAUUUCUCCAAUAACAAAGAUAUUGUAAUUCGAUCAAGGCAUCAGAUUCUUGGUUAACAUCUUUACGACGUAUUCAACAAAGAUCACGGUAAACAAUUUGGUAGGAGACUUUCUCUUGAAUCACAGUGUCUUGUGAAAUAUAUCAAAACGCUUCAACAAAAUUUUUUUUAACUAAAAUGGAAAAUCAAGACUUGUUAACCACUGAUGAAACUACAAAGGAAGAACUGGAAUCAAUUAAGUACGUUUCAGUAAUGCAACCUAAUAAUGUUAAUGGAAAUAAUAUGUAUGUACAAAAUAUAUUAAAUUCAACAAAUUCAGAAAAUGAGGCUAUCCAAAAUUGGGAGAAUAAAGAAGUACAUUAUAAAGAAAGAUAUGUGCCUGUUAGAAAUGAAACAUAUAAGCAGGAUGAAGUUACAGCAGAUAAAAUAGUGGUAGAUAAAAUGAACACAGAAGUAAUCAAUAAAAAAACCAGAAGAAGUAAUCGUUUAUUAGUAAAUGAUAAAAAAGAAAAUUUGAAGACAACUAUCUGUGGCAAGGUACUAAAGCAGAAGAGGACGAGCAAGAAAUCAAAUAAAACAGUACAGGACACAGUAUCAAAUGAGAUGUUAACAAUGUUAUACAAGAAGAUAGCUGCAGUAGAAUCUCAAAAAUACUCAAUGUUGCCAUCAUUUGGAAGCAUUAGGCCUAAUAAUCCUAAUGACACGUUGCAUAUUCCAUAUGGAAUAGCAAAACAGGAUAGCAAACAAGAAUCACAUUAUAAUUACAGUAUAAAUAAUAAUAGAAACAUGUUGCAGUAUUUAGAUUACAAUAAUUCGAGACAUGAGAAUUUGAAACAACCAAUCUUAGUCAAUUCUAAUCCUUGGUCCAUUGCAUCAAAAAAUGAUCAGAAUUUUAUAUUGAAUAAUAUUGCUAAUACGCAAAAUCAAGUAGGACAAAUUGGCUUCAUUAAUGAUAAGCAGUAUCAUAAUCCAUAUACUGCUGAUUACAACUCAAAACAAAAUGAAAAUCUAUACUAUUCUUCAAUUAAAUCUAAGGAUUCCCGUCAAUUAUCUGGUAAUGAAAACAAAGUUUUUCGUUGUUCAUGUAAUGAUUGUACGAGUAACAUGUGGAACAACAUGCAUACUGGCGUCGAAGUGUUCCCAAAAAAGGAUAAUGCAACAGUUCAACAAAUAGUCAAUAAUAAUAUUUUAAGUUAUAUUCCUCCAACCACUGUUAUUGCUAAUGAUACAUGUAAUACUGCAGUAGGAUCGUUCAAUUAUUCACAUAAUUAUCAAUCGUUACACGCAGAUUAUAAUUUUAAAAGAUUAUUUCAUAGUGGUUUUAAUACAAUAAACAAAGUGAACAUUAAUGGAUACAAUGUAAUGGCAAAGAGAAACAUAAUGUCUCCAUUAAAUAACUGGAAUCCUCAUAUAAAUUACUCAACAAUUCCAUAUAAUAGUAAUACAAACGUUACUCUGGAUGCAUCUAUCCCAUCUGAACCAUUACCGUCGUCUUCUUUUUAUACAGGCAAUAAUAGCACACAAUUUAAUAACUAUUAUAACAAAGAUCUGGUGAAAAUGAAUAUGUCUCAAUACAAGGAAAGAGAUAAUUUUAAUCCAUCAACAAUGCCUAGCUUUGAAAAUUCUCUACUUACUACUAAUAUGCAUGGAUUAGAUUCUGAGUCAAUACAUACUUCAUCACAAAACAGUACAUCAACCAAUGAAAAUGGUAUAAUAUAUGAUAUUACAAAUUUUGUUUCUGAAACAAAUACACCCAAUGGAUCUCAAGAAUCUCCAUCUUAUGUAUAUGCUAAGGAGAUGGACAAAAAUUGGUCAUCAAAUUUAUCUAAUAUCUAAAAAAUAAAUAUUUUAUAAUAUUAUUUGCAGAUUAACUUUUUAUAAGUUUUCUUUUUUUUGUUAAACGAAUUUUCAUAUUUGAUUGUUUUGAGAUAUAUAUAUGUGUGUGUGUGUGUGCGUGUGUGUUUUUAUUUUUUUACUGCAAAAUGGUUAUAUUAAUAUACAAUAUAUGUAAAAGAGGUUUUUGUUCCUAAUAUAUACACAAUGCAAUUUUCAUUUCUUAAAUAUUUGAUGUACACUAUGAUAUAUAAUGUGUUAAAUAUUUAAAAAAAGUAUAAAUAAUACUUAAUAUAAAAAUUUCUUUGAAACCAUGUUUAAAUACAUAACAUCAUAUCACACGCGUUUUUUUUUUUUUAUUUAAUGUACGUACUUGUAAUGUCUAACAUUUUUUUACAUUUUAAAUAUUAUUU